AACCACGCUUACCAACUACAGGAGCGGCCGAGAAGAGCAGCAAGCACGGGGCGGAGGACAAGACGAAUAACAUCAUCGCCGCCAUGAAAGAGCGCAUGAAGAAGAGAGAGCUAGAGACGCCAGAGAUCUUCGAGCUUAUUAGGGAUGUCUUUGGCGUGGAGGACAAGAGCCACGUAGGCCACAUGAUGUCGGUGAACCAGUCGGUGCUUGACGGGACUAGCAAGUGGUCUGCUAAGAUUGCCAUCACAGUGAUAUGUGCCCAGGGUCUGAUAGCCAAGGACAAGAGUGGGACCUCUGACCCCUACGUCACCGUCCAAGUUGGUAAGGUCAAGAAGAGAACCCACACGGUGCCUCAAGAACUCAAUCCGGUCUGGAACGAGAAGUUCUACUUCGAGUGUCACAACUCGAGUGACCGGAUCAAGGUCCGUGUGUGGGACGAAGACAACGACAUUAAGUCCAAGCUUAGAUCCAAGCUUACCAGAGAGAGUGACGACUUCCUCGGUCAGACCAUCAUUGAGGUGCGGACACUGUCAGGUGAGAUGGAUGUAUGGUACAAUCUGGAGAAACGCACAGACAAGUCAGCCGUGUCGGGUGCCAUCAGAUUACACAUCUCUGUAGAAAUCAAGGGUGAGGAGAAGGUGGCUCCAUACCACGUACAAUAUACAUGCCUUCACGAGAACCUGUUCCACUACCUGUGCGAGGUGGAUGGGGGUGCUGUCAAGCUACCGCAGGCGAAGGGCGAUGAUGCUUGGAAAGUCUACUUUGAUGAUCAUGCGCAAGAUAUUGUAGAUGAGUUUGCCAUGAGAUACGGCAUUGAGAGCAUUUACCAAGCCAUGACCCACUUCCACUGCCUGUCGACGAAGUACCUGUGUCCAGGUGUGCCAGCCGUCAUGUCUACACUUCUGGCGAACAUUAAUGCCUUCUAUGCACACACCACCGCCUCCUCUGCGGUCUCUGCCUCAGAUAGAUUUGCAGCUUCUAACUUUGGUAAAGAGAAAUUCGUGAAGCUGCUGGACCAAUUGCACAACUCGCUACGGAUUGACCUGUCCAUGUACCGCAACAAUUUCCCUGCCAGCUCAAAUGAGAAGCUUCAGGACCUUAAAUCCACUGUUGACCUUCUCACUUCCAUAACCUUCUUCAGAAUGAAAGUACAGGAAUUAUCAUCGCCACCACGAGCUAGUGUGGUUGUGAGAGACUGUGCUAUUGCCUGUCUCAAAUCUACCUACCAGUUCCUUUUUGAGAACUGUUAUGAGCUCUAUAAUAGAGAAUUUCAGGUGGACCCAUCAGAAAAAAAGGAAAGUGGAGAACAGGGGCCACGGCUGGAAAGCGUUGACUUCUGGCACAAGCUGAUUGCCCUCAUUGUCUCUGUCAUUGAGGAGGACAAGAACAGCUAUGCCCCCGUCCUCAACCAAUUUCCUCAGGAGUUCAACAUUGGACAGCUUUCUGCAUCAACGAUGUGGAGCAUGUUUGCGGUGGACAUUAAAUAUGCCCUCGAGGAGCAUGAGCAGCAUCGCCUGUGCAAGAGCAGUGAAUACAUGAAUCUACACUUCAAGGUGAAGUGGCUGUACAAUAAUUACGUAAAGGACGUGCCUCCCUACAAAGACCAAGUGCCUGAAUACCCAGCGUGGUUUGAGCCGUUUGUGAUGCAGUGGCUAAACGAGAACGACGAUGUGUCGCUCGAGUACCUCAACGGUGCCUUCCAGAGAGAUAAAAAAGAUGAGUUCCCAGUUAGUUCAGAGAGUUCGCUCUUCUCUAACUCUGUGGUAGAUGUCUUCACUCAGCUGACGCAGUGCUUUGGUGUUGUCUCCAAACUUGAGUGUCCAGAUCCUGAGAUUUGGAAAAGAUUCAUGAAGAGAUUUGCCAAGACGAUAGUCAAAGUGCUCUUAGCCUAUGCUGAUAUUACCAAGAAAGAGUUUCCUAAUUAUGUUGGUGAUGAGAAAAAGGCUUGCAUUCUGAUGAACAACAUCCAGCAACUUAGAGUUCAGCUGGAGAAGAUGUAUGAGAAGAUGGGCGGUGGUAACUUAGAGGAAGAUGUUGCCACCAUCCUCAACGAACUGCAGGCAACCCUCAACACCGUCCUGGAUGAGCUGGCCCACAAGUUUGCCAAGAGCUUGGAAGGUCGUAUUGCUGUAAAAGUAAAAGAAAUGGGUGACAAACUAGCAGCAGUAAAGGGUACAGGACAAGUGCAGCCAUCACAACGUAAUGAGGUUGCUAUUGAGGCUGAUGAUGUACUAGUACCCCUAAUGGACUUGCUGGAAGUAUCCCUCACCCUUUAUGCCCAGUCCUGUGAGAAGACAGUCCUGAAGCGACUUCUCAAGGAGUUGUGGAAAAUUGUCAUGACCACGAUGGAGAAGACAGUUGUGCUGCCACCCAUGACUGACAAGGCAAUGAUGCUCAAGAACCUUACGGAUAAUGCCAAGAACCUAGCCGCCAAUGCCAAGAUUGAGGACAUGUCUCGACUCUUCAAGAACCAACUGGCUGGUGGCAAAGAUGUCAAGAAUGCUGUCUCAAACAUCAUGGAUAUCUCCAAGGACUUCGAGCGUAACCUAACACCCAAGCAAUGCGCUGUGUUGGAGGUGGCCCUGGACACCAUAAAACAGUACUUCCAUGCAGGUGGCAAUGGCCUUAAAAAGAACUUCCUUGACAAAUCUACAGAACUGAAAUCUCUGAAUUAUGCGUUGUCAUUGUACACACAAACCACCGACACACUCAUCAAGACAUUCUGUACAACACAAACUAAUCAAGUUCCCGCAAACGACACUAAGUUUCCCGGUAAGGCCAAGAAAAAGAAAAAGGAACCAGUGCAAGAGGAGGAGGAAGAAGGAGAAGAAGAGGAGGAGGAUGGUGAAGAACCGGAGGCAGAGGACGAUGAUGAUCCAGUUAAGGCAAAGACAAUCAGAAAGAAACUGUCUAUGAGUGAUAAGAGAGGAUCUACUGAAGAAGGCACCGUUGGUGAAAUCAGUGUCCAGGUGGACCUCUACACUCAUCCUGGAACGGGUGAACAGCGGAUCAAUGUCAAAGUUGUGGCAGCUAAUGAUCUACGGUGGCCAACAACAGCAGGAGGAAUGUUCCGACCCUUUGUCGAAGUCAACCUUAUUGGUCCUCACUUGGCUGAUAAGAAGAGAAAGUUUGCCACAAAAUCUAAAUCAAACAGCUGGUCACCCAAGUACAAUGAAAGUGUUCAGUUCUUAAUUGGGAGUGAAGAAGGUCCAGAGAGCUUUGAGCUACACAUAUGUGUGAAAGACUACUGCUUUGCCCGAGAUGAUCGUCUUGUCGGCGUGGCUGUGCUUCAACUUAGAGACAUUGUUGACCAGGGUUCCUGUGCAACAUGGCUUUUCCUGGGCAAGCGUUGUCAGAUGGAUGAGACUGGAUGGACUGUGUUGAGAAUUUUAAGUCAACGGACCAAUGAUGAAGUAGCAAAGGAAUUUGUCAAGCUCAAGUCAGAAGUGAGAGGGGAGCCACCCAUUACACAGUAGACAGAUUCCAGAGCAAGCAUUUUGCUCUAGUGAAAAUUUACCUCCAUUAUCCAGUGAUGGAUGACAAUUGCCAGGUUGUAUCAACUCUCAGUAAAAAGUAAGAGAACCCUAGCUCUUUUAGUGUAUGGCUCCCCAAUAAAGGAGGACACAUGAAAACCUGAAAUCCCAUCACAAGAUUACUGGAGGGGGGCCCUUCAUCCCUAAGUGGUUGAGUCCAGAGGUGACCACUAACGUCCAUGGAAACUCAAUCCAUGUGAAGCUUGCGUGCAUGGCUGCUGACUGAUGAAAAAUAAGCACAAACACUAAUCUGGUGAAUAAUUGGGGUAAUUAAUGGUUAAGUUAGUUUAGGGAUUUAAUCAAACUGUAGACUAAAUGAUGUUUGAUGGUUUGAACUAUCAUCACCUGAAAACUACACUGUUGAUAUUUUACAGUUACACAGAAAUAAAAGUUAUCCAAAAGAAA